AAUGGGGCGGAGGGCAGCUCCAGGUCUGUUAGGGAAAUAGGAGGUGAAGUCUGAGUGGAGUAUUAGAGCAAAAGAGUUGUGCAGGCAAAGUAGGGAAUAGUGAGGAUAGUUCUAAGCUAAAGAGACGGCACAGUGUAUGCAAAGAAUGACAGUAUGGAGAACAUGAUGCGUUCAGAAUAUUGCCUGGUGGGAAGGAGGGAGGCCCAGCUAUGUGGAGUGGGGAGAGAUUAGCUGGAACAGCAGGCAGAGGCGUGACUAUCCUGCCCAUGUUAAGGAGCUUAGAUUUUACACUGAAGGUAAUCAUGGACUUGCAAUUUAGGAAGAUCCCUUCAGCUUUUUGGAAAAUGUGUCAGUGGAGUUGAGAUGGGCUAGGAGUGCAAAAUGAUUAGAGCCUGACAGAAGGCACUAAUGGUGGAUAUGGAGGCCAAAUUUGAAAGACGUUCAGGAGGUAGAAUGAACAGGACGUGGUAGCUGUUGCUUCGCAGUUGAGAGGUUGCGCUCUCGCAUGACUUUGCGAGGUAUAACAGGCAAGUGGAUUUUUGUGGAAGGACUGGCUUUUUAAAGUCAUAACUGAAAUGAAAUACUUUUUCCCCUUUAGCAGAGGGUGUUUGUUUUAUAACAGUCUCAUUACAUAUUUUGAUGUGCAUAGGAGUUUGUAGAUGAAGGCCUAGAGUUGUAUAAUAACUUUUUUUUUUUUUUUUAAAGCAGGCAAAUGAAUCAGCCUUUUUGUUUUAAUCUUCCUUUAUUUAUCAUGGUGAAAAUGAGUCUUCCCACAGAGAAGACCCAUGAUGCCUUGGACUGAGCAGGAGCUCGCGAUAUGGAAAGAAGAAAAGGCAGACCCUCUUACUCCUUUCAGGAUUUGUAGUUAUUUGUAUACUCAGAUGUUUGCAGAAAGCCAAGCCAGCACUCCUUGUCAAAUGGUUUAUAGAUUCGAUUCUAAGGUUUUAGAAAGUUUAAAGCCAACCCUGUCUUUGUUUUGGCCUGUGGUCUACUGAAAUAAGCUUCUUCCAUGUGCACAGGAUAACAGAGAGGUGAUCCCAAGGCAGGGAGGGCUGUUAUCUAAAUACCCAGUACUUCCUCUGUUACCCUUAGAGUCCUGGUCCUUUCUGUGAGAAUGUGUCCUCAUGAAGUGGUCCUUGAGCAGAACUGAAAACCUCUAGAAAAGGCAAAACUAGCUACCUGGGCUUUGUGAUUGGGGUGUAAAAAACCCAAACCACACCCUUCAUGCUGAGAGGAAGCUUUUCUCUCCAGUCUGCCAAAAUGCAGUUAUCUGUCUACCCCAACUCCAAAUUUCCUGCCUUGUAAAUCCUUGACAGUUUAGAAAGAGGAUAGUGGUGGGUGGAACGGAGAAUCCUUAUUCGAAUGAUAGGAGUGAAAUGGCAUUUUGGCUACAGAAUCACAUAUAAAACUGCAAGAUACAUUUCCUGCUCCUGGAAUCUCUGUAUAGUGCUAUGAGCCGCCAUGAAUGCCUGCUAUUCCAGUUUUCGUGUUGUACUCAGGGACUGUUAAUGCCCUUACAAUAUAGGCGAAACACAAGUUAUUGUUCACCCAGGGAUGUUCAUUUCAGCUGUAAGGUGUGAGUUAACAAGCAUACUACGUGAGCAGCAGUUCAUGAAGGCUGAGCAUGCGUGGCCACGGUUCAGUGUUGGGAUGAAAUUGAACAUUCAUACAUUCAUCUGACCCCUUCAGUGAUAUGCCUGAUUGUUAUUGUGCUGCAUGGUAAUUAGGUAAGCAGUUCACAUAAGUGAUUGUAAUUAGUAUUAGUUUUUACAUGGCCAAAUCAAAUUUUCACAGUUUCUUGUUUAUUAAUUUCAUGGUUCUCCAGCACCUAUAAUUAGCAUCAAUGUCAGCAUUUUCCCCUGAUACCUCAUGUAGUUUGAUCCUCAUCACUGGCAUACUGUGAUUCUUUUAUUAUGAAAACACAAAAGUCUAGAUUUUCUUCCCUAGCAGCCCCUGGGAGGGGGUGGGUGGUCUCUGGGUUAGAUGCCCUGUUAGUCUUGAGUCCCAUUCUCUCUCUUCAUCCCCAGCCUUGCCCUCAGAGCAUCUCCUGUGGCUUCUCCCUGACCCCAGGUGUUCUGGGAGUCAGGGGUCUGCAGGAAGUAGGAGCUCCAGACCCUGAUAUUGGUGGCCUACCAGGGACGGGGCAGCAUGCCAUUGGUGUGAGAGGCCCCCUAAGCUCUGAGAAGGAAGUAGCAGCACAUUUCAGUAAAGAGUAUGGACUGACAUAACAAAAAUAUUCACCUAGCAGAUAGUAAGGAUUUUAAGAGACGUUUAUAUAUAGCACGACCUUAAACAAAAAAAAGCCAAACCCACUGCUGUCGAGUCGAUUCCGACUCAUAGUGACCUCAUAGGACAGAGUAGAACUGCCCCAUAGAGUUUCCAAGGAGCGGCUGGUGAAUUCGAACUGCUGACCUUUUGGUUAGCAGAUGUAGCACUUAACCAAUACACCUGCGUCACUGGGGUUUCCAACCUUAUUCUACUCCAAUGUUGAUUUUAAUUUAGAAAAAGGAACGCUCUGGUAGGUGUACAUUGAUAUCUUGGUUACAGGGUCAUUGAGAGGAUACGUGAUACAAAUGUACAUGAUACGUUUUAGGUUGACUGAGAAACAAAUUGGUUUUCAGUGAUAUUUUUGAACUGCCUCUGUGUGCCUGUGUGACCUGAGUUUUGGGUGGUUAGAGGCACAACCUUUUAUUGUGGUCCUGCUAGCUGUAUGUGUGUUGCCUGUUUUUUGUUGUGGUUAACCUAGCCUUCCGUUUGGUUCCUUAAGGUUCGGUUUCCUUUCCUGUCCUUUACAAAAGCUGCUCACUUCUGCAGAGGUGAAGUGUAUUUUUUCCUCAAACAUUUACUGAAUUUCUACUCUUUUGUCAGGCCCUGUGCUAGGAGCCAGCUAUUGAAAGGUGAUCAGAUAUCGCCACUUGAAAUAAUAGUAUUUUUUACAUCUACCUGUAUGAUCUUAUUUGACCUCAACACCCCCUGUGAAAUGGAGAAAGACCAUUCACAUGACCACGAUAUAAAUAAGUCACAGAGAGAGAAGCUGACUAGUUUAAGGUCACACAUCAUCAUAGUGGCCAAGCUGGAACCUCAAGUCUCUUGACUCCCAGCUAUUCAGUAGUCAGGAAAACCUAAAUAAAAUAGUAUUUGAAUCUGAAGUCAAUCAGGAAGGUUGGCAUUUAUGCAAAGAAGUUUAUGCAGAGAUUUAAAAAAAAAUUGUACAAAUGAUUCCUACACUGGGCUAUUUUAUGAAAAUUUAAUAAUUUAGAUUUAGACAGUAUUAGAGACUCAUAGUUUGCCUAACAAAAAUAUUCGUCACUUAAUAAAUCACCUGAAUGAGCUUAGGAUGAAUUUAAUCACCCGCAUUUUAUUUAUUACAGUGUUUUUAGGAGGAUACUGUUCAGUGUGUUUUUAAACUGGUUUCGGAGGUAGUGAGUAGAAUUUUUUAAGGGUGGGGAGGAGAAGAUUUUGAAAACUCUUGUGAGCCAGUGUUGAGUUGACUGGAUGGGAAAAACUAAGGUAAGGUAAUGUGCCAGCCCGUUUUCUUUUACAGCUAGAAGUCCUCCAGGGUCCAGUAGCCAUUUUAGGUUUGUUCUGUGAAAAAGGCCUUUGGGCUCUCUCUUUUUCUGACUGUUUUCUGAAGAAUUUUAGGAGGCAAAUUUCCUCCCUGAGUGAAGUGAGAAGACAAUUAACAUUGCACGGUGGAUGCCCCAAAGCAGUAUUUGUUGAGCCUAAGCCCUUCUAUGUGCUCUGAGUCUGGGAGCAGGCCUGGCUGUAGUGGUUUCUCCUUUUGGUCUCACCUGAGGGCUUCUGGGAGGACAGUCAGAGGGCAGAGGUGACCUGGCGUGAUUAGAGAAUGUGGACUUGGAGGCCUUGCUGAACUAAGGUGAUUAGUUAUAUGACCUUGGGUAGAUUGCUUAAUGAUUCUGUUUUUUUUCACCUGUAAAAUGAGGUUAUAUUUUACUUUAAUAGUAAAUUUAAGGUUAUCAUGUAUGUAGAAGAUCCUUCUGUUUGUAGUAGGAAGUGUUAGCUAGAUCUUCGUGUACAUUUCUUUCUGAGAUUAUUUGAAGUCUGGCUCCCUCACUAGACGAUAAACUCCAUGAAGAUUAAGGCCAUGUCUGACCACUGCUUUGUUCACCACUGUUUCCCUGCCUCUUUCCAUUUCCUGGAGCUUAGUAGUUACUCAUAUACUUCGUGAGUGUGCAAGUCUCCACAGUACUGCACACAGCUGGAAAAAAAAAAAAAAAAGAGGGAGAUUGCUUAUAAGCAUGGAUCUGUAUUUGUUAACACCUUGGAGCUUCAGGCUUGUGCAAUUUUUUUGUUAACAAGGCACAGUUUGGGUUUUUAUAUUCCCAGGGUAUCCAAAGGGUUUCCUUCUCCUUCAGCUUGGUUGAGAAAAAUAUGAUAAUGAAGUGAAAGAAAAGGCUUGCAGUGCUUCAUUUUGAGAUGGGCUAGUGUAUUCUUGAAGCGCUGAUCUCUGAGCCACUCUGUUUUGUUUGGGGUCUACUCCUAGCUUAAGGCGAGGUGAUUUUCUUUGUUCCCACCAUCUCAGAGAAAGUAUUUGGUUCCAGGUCAGAGUUGUUUCCCUUGUAGCCAGGGAAGCCACUAAAGAAUUUGGGGCAUUAAUGGACCACAGCCUCCACCAGACUGAGUCCAGCACAACUAGAUGGUGCCCGGCCACUACCACUGAUUGCUCUGACAGGGAUCACAAUAGAGGGUCCCAGACAGAGCUGGAGAAGAAUGUACGACAAAAUUCUAACUCACAAAAAAAGACCAGGCUUAACGGUUCUCACAGAGACUAGAGACACCCCGAGUAUGGCCCCCAGAUACCCUUUUAGCUCAGUAAUGAAGUUACUCCUGAGGUUAGCCAAAGAUUAGACAGGCCCAUAAAACAAAAUGAGACUAAAGGAUCACACCAGCCCAGGGGAUAGGACUAGAAGGCAGGAGAGGACAGGAAAACUGGUAAUAGGGAACCCAAGGUCAAGAAGGAAGAGUGUUGACAUGUGUACUAACUUUUUAAUGAGAAGCUAGUUGGUUCUAUAAACCUUCAUCUAAAGUACAAAAAAACAAAAAAAGACUAUCGUUUAUGAAUACAUAAUCCCCAACUUUUUAAGUCACUUUUUCUAUAGAAAUGCAGAACUACUCAUGUUGCACCCAAAAACAUUAAGCUAAAAAUAAAGUUCUUACAUAUUAAAAAAAAAAAAAAGGAAGAAUUUGGGGUAAAGGAACUUCAUGUCUGGGCCUUACUUGUUAACUCACUGAGGAUAAUCUGGACAUGGCAAUUUGUGAAAGGAUGAGCCCCAAGUCUCAACUAUAGCACGCAUUCAACAAAUAUUUCUGAAUUGGAGCUAAAAUGUUGAUAUGAAAAUGAAAUUACUUUGAAUUGAGAUUGCUGCUUCCUCUAUGUUGUCAGUAGAACCUGCUAUGGAAAAAAAAGUUAGACAAGAUGCUUUCUAUAAAGUCUCUAUUUUAAGAAGAAUGAUUCAGAGAGAAACCCAGGUCCAAGAAAUUUUCAUCCACAAAUGAAAACUGAAAUUGCCAGGUUUGCCAGAUGUCUCGUUUUAAAGAAUUUUUUCCUCAUUUGAUCUCUUGUAAAAGCUUUCCUUUGUCUCUGAAACAUGUCCUGUCCCCAUGUAACUUAAAAAUAAAAAAGUUUCAGAAUGUUCUGCGUUCCAUCUGCAUAGGGCUUGUAAUCCUGUGUGCUGCUGGAAAUUGCACUGCAUGAAAGUAAAGGCAAAAAAUACCACAUUAUUAGGCUACAAAGUUUUAGGAAAUUUUCUGAAGCUAUUUACAGUAGUAUACUACAUCUUGGUCUUCACUCACCAUUUAUCGAGUAUCUGCUGUGACAAACACCACACCUUGUUCUCUUAGGCCGCAGCAACUUCACUGCUGCCUGCAACAUGGUUACCCCUUCACUAAAAGUAUACCUUAUAGCCAACCUGCUGAUUAAAUGGGUUGGUAACAUGGCUUUGAUCGGUUCUUCCAGGUUCAGUCAUGGCCAAGAAAGCAAAACUGGAACAGAUCUGAAUUGUUAAAAUUUGUGUGAACUGGAACAAUAACCAGCAUGGGAAAAAUUAUGGAUCAAACCCCUGCUAGAAACCUAAUCUCCCUCUUAGAAAGCAAGGGCAGUGUAUGAGUUGCAUAGCUACCAAAUCGCUGGCUGUGGGAUUUUGAGUAGACUUAGAAACAGCUGUGCCCUGCUCAAAGAUGGCAGCCGACCUCACUGCACUGAAUGUGUGUUGCUGUCUACAGUCCUGUCAGUAAUCCAGUCUAACCUAUCAGGCUCCUGAAAGGGCUCACUGUCCCUCUUCUGAGUCUUCCAUUCCAGGGCACUAGCCCAUAAUUUUUCCUUUCUGGUUAUUGCUCUGGAUCACCUGAACUGUUAAAAAUUUGAGUCUGUUCCAGUUUUGCUUCACUGGCUGUGACUGAAUCAGUUCAAACCACUUCAAAGCCCUGGUUGGUAAGAAUGGCAGAUAUUUAACAGAGGCCUCUCUCUUUUACAAUUAGAGACACAGGCUCUUCUAAAUUGGCAUCUUUUUUUGGCAACACAAAAUGCUUCUGCAUAUUCCUUUAUUUGUUCCACCACUAAAACUGGGCUUCUCCUGACAGGCCUUCCUAGUGUCCCGUAUAGGCCUCCGAGAGGCCUGGACCCACUAGCAGAGGAAUAGCAAGGGAGAGAAGAAGGAAGAGGGGUUAAGGAGCUAGCCCCAGCAACCUGUUCACAGCCUUCCCUCUCCCUCACAUAUGGCAGGGCAAAGCUACCUGGGGGGAGGGGGAGAUGGGAGUGGGCACUUGGCUGAGUGGAGAGGCCUACUCUGUGUGGUUUGUGGAGAGGUAAGUUUGGCUUAAAGUAUAUUUAGAUGUCAGUGACAUUUUCUUUUAGUACCUUUUCAUCUUAGUGACCUCUUCCUUUCACAUCCAACCAAGCUUCACCACCUCCCAAGUGUUCCAAAUUACCUAUCAAAAUUCCUGUAACCACUGUGUAGCUAGAUUCAUCUUGGAGUUAGAAAAUCAGUCUUUGUAAGGGAAUUCACAUUAAAGCGCAAAUCAAAUGCCAUUCUGCCUUGUCUCACUCUCUUUGUCUGUUAAACUAACCAAAAAAGUUAAUGGUAUAAUGUAGCUAACGAUCUUUUGGAGUAGAGGUUCUUUGCUUUAUUCCAGGCAGGCAGGAGAGGAGAGAUCUUGUUCUUAUAGAACGGAAAAGUGACUGCUCUCUACUCCGUCCAUGCUCACUGGCCUCUUCUCUGGAUCUCAGGCCAGAAGGACCCUGGCCUACCUGGCCACGCCUCUGAUGGCUGUCCUGCUUUAGGAAUUCUAAGUGUUUCUACUAUGGCUAGGCUCACAACAGCUUCUGACGGUGGAGCUGUGGGUGGGGGCUGGUAAGCAGCUUCCAGAACUCUCAGAGUGUAAGUCACUGGAGAUAGGAAGAGGCUGUCUCCUGUUACUAGCUGCUCCCUCCCCUCUCCCGCCCCAACAUGGUACACAUGCCCAGGAUUUUCUUAAAGAGCCUCCAGCUCACUCCAGAAUGUGUUUUUGUUUCUCACUCUGCCCUGGCUGCUUUAUCCUUAGGACUAGCCUCCACUUAUUUCUUUCAGGGACUGAAUUUAGCCAUCAUUGAAAUCACAGCCUUGAGACUUUGUGGAUGUGGAAUACCUUCUGGUUGAGAAUCGAAGGAUAUAGAAUUCUGUGCAAAUGUGGACCGAUGAUGCCAUUACAAACAUCUGGAGAGGGCCAAAUGUGAACUGUGUUGACAGCACUGGGUAUACACCUCUGCACCAUGCCGCUUUGAAUGGCCACAAGGAUGUGGUCGAGGUUCUUCUGAGGAACGAUGCGCUGACCAACGUGGCUGACUGUAAAGGCUGUUAUCCUCUGCACUUGGCAGCCUGGAAAGGAGAUGCCCAGAUAGUGCGAUUGCUCAUCCAUCAAGGGCCUUCCCACACCAAAGUCAAUGAACAGAAUGCUCUUGAGAUCAAAGAAUUCAAAAAGUACGGCCCCUUUGACCGUUAUAUCAAUGCCAAGAACAAUGACAACGAGACGGCCCUGCACUGUGCAGCACAGUACGGCCACACGGAGGUGGUGAAGGUCCUCUUAGAGGAGCUAACGGACCCCACCAUGCGCAACAACAAAUUUGAGACGCCACUGGACCUGGCUGCACUCUACGGGAGACUGGAGGUGGUGAAGAUGCUCCUCAACGCACAUCCCAACCUCUUGAGCUGCAACACUAAGAAGCACACCCCUCUGCACCUGGCAGCGAGGAAUGGCCACAAAGCCGUGGUCCAGGUCCUCCUGGAUGCUGGCAUGGAUAGCAACUACCAGACGGAGAAGGGCAGUGCUUUGCAUGAGGCUGCUUUGUUUGGCAAGACCGAUGUGGUGCAAAUCCUGCUGGCUGCAGGAAUUGAUGUCAACAUAAAAGAUAACCGUGGACUGACCGCCCUAGACACCGUCCGGGAACUGCCUUCUCAAAAAAGCCAGCAGAUAGCAGCACUUAUUGAAGAUCACAUGACUGGAAAAAGAAGUACAAAAGAGAUAGAUAAAACCCCUACACCCCAACUACCUCUCAUCUCCAAUAUGGACUCCCUAUCACAGAGGUCUCAGGGUAACGUGGAGAAAGCGGUAACUGAACUGAUCAUCGAUUUUGACACAGCUGCUGAGGAAGAGGGUCCCUACGAGGCGCUGUACAAUGCUGUCUCCUGCUAUUCAUUGGACAGCAUGGCCAGCGGACGAUCGUCUGACCGAGACUCCAUGACCAAGGAGGCGGCUGGAGUAAACGCUGCUGGGGUGAGGCCUAGGGAACGUCCACCGCCUCCAGCAAAGCCACCGCCCGAUGAAGAGGAGGAAGACCGAGCGGAUAAGAAGUAUUUGCCCUUGACAGCUCCUGAGAUCCUGGCCAUGAGACCCAGGAGCCAGGGGAGUGCAGCCAGGAACGAGGAUGAGCACCCUUAUGAGCUGCUGCUAACAGCAGAAACAAAGAAGCUGGUGUCAGUGGAUGGAAGACCAAAAGACCACAGGCGGAGCAACAGCAGCCGGAGCCAGGACUCUGCGGAGGGGCAGGACGGCCAGGUCCCAGAGCAGUUCUCAGGUCUCCUCCACGGCUCCUCCCCAGUGUGCGAGGUUGGGCAGGACCCUUUCCAGCUGCUCUCUGCCACUGGCCAGGGCAAUCCAGAAGAGUCCCCGCAGCAGGGUGCCUGCCACGAGGCCAGCAUGCAGCUGGAGGAGUCGGGCGUGCACACUCCUGGAGCCUCCCAGCCCAGUACCCUGGACCAGAGUAUGAGAGUGGGCUACCCUGCAGGCCUGCCCACCGCCAACAGCCAAUCGCACCCCGAAACUUUGACUCACACGGCAUCUCCGCACCCUGGUGGUGCCGAGGAAGAAGGAGACCGGAGCGGGGCCAGGAGCCGAGCCCCUCCCACCAGCAAACCCAAAGCUGAACUCAAACUCAGCCGUAGCUUGUCCAAGUCAGACUCUGAUCUCCUGACCUGCUCACCCACAGAGGACGCCACAAUGGGGAGCCGGAGCGAGUCCUUGUCCAGCUGCAGUAUUGGGAAGAAGAGGCUGGAAAAGUCACCCUCCUUUGCCUCGGAGUGGGAUGAGAUUGAGAAAAUCAUGAGUUCUAUUGGAGAAGGGAUUGACUUUUCUCAGGAACAGCAGAAGAUCUCAGGUUCGCGGACGCUGGAGCAGAGCGUCGGGGAGUGGCUGGAGUCGAUUGGACUGCAGCAGUAUGAGAGCAAGUUGCUUCUGAAUGGCUUUGACGAUGUCCGCUUCCUGGGGUCUAAUGUGAUGGAAGAGCAGGACCUGCGGGAGAUCGGCAUCAGUGACCCCCAGCACCGGCGGAAGCUGCUCCAGGCCGCACGGUCCCUGCCCAAGGUAAAGGCGCUGGGCUGUGACGGGAACAGCCCCCCAUCCAUGCCCUCCUGGCUGGACUCCCUGGGGCUGCAGGACUAUGUCCAUUCUUUCCUGUCGAGCGGCUACAGCUCAAUUGACACUGUGAAGAACCUCUGGGAACUAGAGCUUGUUAACGUCCUAAAGGUCCACCUGCUUGGCCAUCGGAAGCGCAUCAUCGCCUCCCUCGCAGACAGACCCUACGAGGAGCCCCCCCAGAAGCCCCCAAGGUUUUCCCAGCUGAGAUGCCAGGACUUGCUUUCCCAGACAUCAUCCCCCCUGAGCCAGAAUGAUUCCUGCACCGGGAGAUCAGCAGACCUGCUGCUACCUCCUGCGGACACAGGCAGGAGGCGGCACGACAGCCUCCACGACCCUGGGGCACACUCUCGAGCAGAGCGCUUCAGAAUCCAGGAGGAACACCACGAGGCCAAGCUGACCCUCCGCCCCCCCAGCCUGGCUGCCCCCUACGCCCCUGUGCAGAGCUGGCAACACCAGCCAGAGAAACUCAUCUUCGAGUCCUGCGGUUAUGAAGCCAACUAUCUGGGCUCCAUGCUGAUCAAAGAUCUGCGAGGGACAGAAUCCACACAAGAUGCCUGUGCCAAGAUGCGGAAAUCCACCGAGCACAUGAAGAAGAUCCCCACCAUCAUCCUGUCCAUCACAUACAAAGGUGUCAAGUUCAUCGAUGCCUCUAACAAGAAUGUCAUCGCGGAGCAUGAGAUCCGGAAUAUUUCCUGUGCGGCGCAGGACCCAGAGGACCUAUGUACCUUUGCCUACAUUACCAAGGACCUGCAGACCAGUCACCACUAUUGCCAUGUUUUCAGCACAGUGGAUGUGAAUCUGACAUACGAGAUCAUCCUGACGUUGGGGCAGGCAUUUGAGGUGGCCUAUCAGCUGGCUUUGCAGGCCCAGAAGUCCAGGCCAAUGGGGGCCUCUGCAGCUGAGAUGAUUGAAACAAAAUCUUCCAAACCGGUGCCUAAGCCUCGGAUCGGCAUGAGGAAGUCAGCACUGGAACCACCUGAUAUGGACCAAGAUGCCCAAUCUCAUGCCAGUGUCUCCUGGGUGGUGGACCCCAAACCAGACUCUAAGCGGAGCCUCAGCACCAAGUAUGAGACCACCAUCUUCUAAACAAUCCACCCCCUGUCUCCACUAGUCUCACUGUGCCUUUGCCAUCCGAUCCUUCUGCUGUUCUCAACUCUCUCCUUCCAGCUGCUGGCGCCAAGGCCCCACCCCCACUGGGGCCUACUCUCCUCCUGGGCAGCAGCUCUUGAUACUGUACACUAACAGCUCUUGUACCUAACACCACCCAACACUGUGAAUUCUCCUCCUUGGGCUAAGGACAGCUUGGGGGGUGAGUUGCCUUUGAGGUGGGCACCAAGAGGGCUGAGGGGCUCUGCUGUGCCCAGGAAGCCUCUGCGGGCCAGCACUGUGAAUCCUGAGGGAGCAAGGCAGCCUUUGAGCAGAAUCCAAACAGCACCAGGAAUGACUCCUGCCGAGUUAGACUGGGGCUCUGUCUGUCGGCGUUCCUCUUCCUGUGCUUCUAUACUGAGCCACAGCUGGAUGCAGCUGCCAAGAGCUGUAUGUUUUCACCUUUCCUGAUACAACCAACCACUGUGACCACCCAGUGCCAGAACCCCCUUGCACCCUGCUUACAGCUAGCUGCAGCCCUGUCCCGCUCUCCUCUGCUCUAAGGUCAGGCCCCUGUGAGGCCCUGGGCCCAGUGAUGUGGCUUGGCCAGAGCCAGACUGCUUUCUGUGAGGAUCCAAGGUACAUGCCAGGCCGUUGGGCACAUGCCUGACUCCAAAGAAUGGAGCUCUGAGCAUCUGAAUAUCUGCAGGCUUGCUCCACUCAGCAGACUGCUUGGUUCUGAUGGGUCUUCCACUCCAGGAAACGGGAUGGCAUGUAUGUAUCCGGUCCCUUGUGUCUCCACUAUUGGGACGGGGUCUGGCUUUGGAGUCUGGCUCACCAAGGAGGAAGUGUGAGACCUGUGCCAUGCAUACAUGGUGCAUCUCCUUCCCUCACUCACAGAACAGAGCUGCUAUAGGACAGGGACCUGGACUGAGCAACUUCCAUUGUCCUCCAGCCCUUUCUGACACUUCUUCAGGGUGUGGAGAUCAAAGUCAGUCAUCAUCUGGUCCUUUCCCUGGUUAUCUUCCCUCAGUCUCCCAAUUCCUCUGGGAGGAGAGGCUGUAUAGUCUAUUGCUCCAGAGCAGUUCGGCAGCUGGGAUCACAGAGUUGAGUCUAAAGAAGCCCCACAUUCUCCAGUGUGGGCAAGUCAGCGUAGUUGGCAGGAGACAGGAAAGAAAUGAUUCUAGUAGGAAGCAGUACAAAUGUGGCAGAACCCAGUAGAAAAGCCAGUAAGUUACAGCAAUUAGAGUUUAAGCCCAAGUUGAUAAACCUGCCUGCCUGCCUGUCCAUCCGUGUGCCUUCAGAGUAGACAUCCUGAGCAUGAAGUGGCGCUGCGCACGGCCGUGGGCGCUCAGAGCAGGCCACGUGGGGCGCUCAGGGGAGGCUGUGAGGGACCUUCUAUUCUGCUUCCUUGUCUCCUUUUAAUUUCCUCUCCUCCACCUUGUGUAGUCCCAUUUGGUUAACCCUU